GCCCCACCCCAGCAUCCAGGAUUCAGCAGGUCAGGAUGGGGGCCAGAACUUACACUUCUAACAAGUUCCCACGUGAUGCUGAUACUGCUGGUCCAGGGACCACACACUAAAAAACAAAGCUCCAGCUGAAGGCGUUAACAAUGUAAAGAUGGAGUGAGGGAAAUAAGGGUGCAUUUUUAUUAUCUGGAAACUUCAAGAAGGAUGAGAGUAUUUAUACACUUUGGGAUCAGAAAGGAGCUUUGCUUGGAUACAGAGGGCUGGUAUAAUCUCUAGAGAUGUUACAUUUAAAGUCUACUUUUCUGAAACUUUGAGAACUUGAAAAUAAUUAUUGAACACCCUCAUUAACUGUUCUCUCAAGUCUUUAUCAAACUUCUAGCAAAGCAACUGAUAUCCAAAUCGUCUUUGAAGCUCUUUAGGAAGGAAAGGGAAGGAAGGGGGAGCUGGGAGCAUUAUGGAAUUCAUAUAAGCUGCUUCAUGUUCCCUGCCCCCUCUCUGCAUUUCUGUAAGCACCUCCCCUGUGCCAAGCACCUCCUUUGGGAGAGACUGUUUCCUAUUUUAACCAAGAUUCACACACCCAGAGCCCUCAUUAGAAAAUGUCCUCAGGAAAUGUUCUUGAAAUAGAUGAGAUGAUGGGGCAUAUUCUAGUCUCUUGUUUAUAUCUCUGUUUGGCCCUUUCACUCUUUCUAGAAUUAAAAGAAAAAUUUAAAAAUCUCUAGGGAUCUUAAGAUAUAGUAGUCAAUCAAUACAUCUCUAUAUAUGCAUUCUCUCUGUCCUAAAUGCCACAUAUAGUUGCUUAGUAUAAUUAUGAGCAGAUCCUUAUACUGGGGAGUGAGGGUUGAAAGUGGGGGUGUGGAAUUUAGAAGGAGGAGUAAGUACGUAGAUCUUGGCCCUGCCGUCUGGAUGCUUUUGCACUGUAAAGGAAUAUAAGUGGCACACAAGGACACCACCAGCUGAAAAUCAGUCUCAGCUGACCAUCAGGAGGACCUAUAAUGCUGACAGGAAGGCAUUAUGGAGGGAUAACACAUAACAGAAAAAAAAAAUAUGAAGCAGCAGCUCUGAAGCCUGAGGAACAGAACUCAACAGCCCCAAUUCAACUCAGCUUAACUCAGCCUCAUUGAACUUGAUCUCAGACUCUCCACUCCUGACUUUCUACAGCUCUCUGACCCUAGAGUCCUCUUCAUUCCAGCUAGAAUGCCAUGUCAGGCACUUCGCAGAAUUGGUCCAAAGCUGGUACGCAGACGAAUGCUGGAAGAAGAUGUGAAUGAGAUGGCCCCUGCCAGAAGACGGACCACUCUGGAUUUAGUGGCCCUGGGUGUGGGCUGCACAGUGGGAGUAGGUGUGUUUGUCCUGGCUGGGGAGGUGGCUAGAGAUGUAACAGGACCAUCCAUUGUGGUCUGCUUGUUGGGAGCCAGCCUGUCUUCUGGGUUGGCUGGGCUGUGCUAUGCAGAGUUUGGUGUCCAGGUUCCCUAUGCUGGCUCUUCAUAUCUCUACACCUAUGUCACUAUGGGUGAAAUCUGGGCUUUCAUCACUGGCUGGAACCUCAUUGUCUUCUUUGUUGCUCAUACAGCCACUGUGGCUCGGGCUUGGACCUUAGCUUUUGACAAUCUGCUUGGGAACCAGAUCUCUCAGACCCUGCAUGAGAGUAUCUCACCAAAUGUUCCCCAGCACCUGGGAGAAAUUCUAGGCUUCAUUGUUGUGGGCCUUAUGUUGUUGCUGAUGGAAUUGCUGACUCUGAGGAAUAGGUGGAUUUUCCCGGUUUCCAAAGUGGUCACGUUGGUGAAACUUUUGGCUCUCAGUUUCGUCAUCAUCUCAGGCUUCAUUAAGGGAGACCUGCACAACUGGAAGCUCACAGAAGAGGACUAUGUAAAGGCAGGACUCAAUGACACCUCUAGCUUGGGCCCUCUGGGCUCUGGAGGAUUUGUGCCUUUUGGGUUCAGGGGGAUUCUCCGUGGAGUAGCUACCUGUUUCUAUGCAUUUAUUGGUUUUAGCAUUAUUAUUACAAGAGUGGAAGAAGCCCAGAAUCCUGAGCGUUCCAUCCCCAUGGGCAUUGUGGUUUCACUGCUCAUCUGCUUUUUGUUGUAUUUUGGUGUUGCUGCAGCACUAACACUUAUGGUUCCUUACUACCAGCUUCGACCUGGGAGCACAUUGCCAGAGAUAUUUCUCCAUAUUGGCUGGACAACUGCCUACUAUGCUGUAGCUUUUGUAUUCCUAUGUAGUCUUUCUGUCAGCAUCUUUGGCUUUAUGUUCCCCAUACGUAAUCUGAUAUACAUGAUGGCACAGGAUGGCCUCCUGUUCCCUGUCCUUGCCAGAAUCCAGACCAGCACAUACAUGCCCAAUGUGUCCACUGUAAUCUUGGGCAUCAUCGUAGGAAUCAUGGCAUUCUUCCUUGGACUCACUGAUCUUCUGGAUCUCAUGUCAGUUGGGGCCCUGCUAGCUUACUCCCUGAUGGCUCUUUGUGUUCUCAUCCUCAGGUACCAGCCUGAGAGGAGGAAUGGUGUAAAAAAAGCACAGGAGCAGGAAGAGAAUGGACAGGCAGCAGAGAAGCUAACACUGCAAGAAUUGUUUUUUCCAGGGAGCCCCACCCCCACUCCACUAUCUGGCUGGGUUGUCAUUGUUUGCUCCUCACUACUUGUUCUGCUGCUGGCUCUCCUCUGCCUGGUGCUGGCCCAUUGGCCAGGUCUGCUUUCUGGAGAUGCAGGGGCGAUCACAGUGGUUGUGUUGCUCCUGGUGCUCAUCAUUGGGAUCACUGGGGUCAUCUGGAGACAGCCACAGAGUUCCACUCCCCUUCACUUUAAAGUCCCUGCUCUGCCUCUCCUCCCACUCCUGAGCAUCUCUGUGAAUGUUUAUCUUAUGAUGCAGAUGUCAGCUGGCACCUGGGCCCGAUUUGGUGUCUGGAUGCUGACUGGGUUUACUAUAUACUUUGGCUACGGGAUCCAGCACAGCUUGGUCCCUUAACCCUACUUUAGUUAGGACCAAAACUGUAGACUCAGCAGUGAACUUAGCAGUGGCAGUCUGUAUUUGAGUUGACAUCAUCACACUUGAAUGUAGUCUGGUCCCCUGCCAUAAUAGAGUACUUUGGGGCACAUGGAAAGCUUGGCUUCCCAUGGGUAGUUGGUGGGAGAACACUAAUACAACUCUAUUUAUAAUGAAAUGAAGGAUGUGUCUUUGCUCUUUCUCCUUUUUUCUGUCUACUUUCCAAUUGUGUUUGUACUACAUACUAGGUUUUGAAAGUUAUUAUUACAAGAAACCAGAAAAAUGUUUUUCUUUCCAUUUAUAUCCAGUAGGGAAAUACUGGGUAAAAUGGUAGUUUUAUUUUUAAUUUUCUGAGGAAAUUCCAUAGUGAUUUCCAUAAUGGCAGCAUCAAUUUGCAUUCCUACUGACGGUAACUGAGGGUUCAUUUUUCUCUAUAUCUUCAUCAACACUUGCUAUUUUUUGCUCUUUUAUUUUAGCCAUUCUAUUGGGUGUAAAAUGAUAUCUCAGUGUAGUUUUAAGAUACAUUCCCUGAUGAAUAAUGAUGUUGCCCAUUUUUCAUGUGUCUGUUACCCAUCUGGUAUGUCUUCUCUGGAAAAUGUUUAUUCAAGCCUUCAAUCCAUUUAUAGGAUUGUUCGGGUUUUCUGGUGUUGACUUGUAGAAGUUCUGUAUAUACUUUGGAUAUUAACACCUCUUUAGAUAUAUCAGGUGUCCUGUGGGUAACUUGGUUCUGGAUAAAAAAAGGAACUUAACAAAAAAGUGAAAGUGUCUGAGCUGGGCAUGCUCAUGGCUGUCUCUUUAACUCAUUAAUUGAAGUCACAGUGAAGGGGGAUGAGAAGAGAGAGACCAGGAAUAGUAAGUACACUGCUGAGUGGUGCUCAAACUUCAGCAGGUGCCACCUCAUCCAUAGGGCUUAUGAAAACAGAUCACUGGGCCCCACCCCAGCCUUUGGAAUUCAGUGGGUCAGGGUGGCCCCAAUACUUGUAGUUCUAACAAGUUCACAGGUAGGGCUGAUACCCCUGGUCCAGGGAACACAACUGAAAAGGAAAGCUCCACCUGAAGGCCCUGAUGAUGCAAAGAUUAAGUGAGGGAAACAAAGGUGCGCUUUGAACAUUGACAUUCAUUUAAUGAGAUUUUUUUUCAUUUAAUGAGAUAUUUAGAUUAAAAUACCAUCCAUUAAUCCUCUCCCAGUGGGGAUAUCAGAGUGAAUCAUUUCACAAUGUAUAUGUAUACCAAAUCACCACAGUGUACUCAUUAAGUAACUUAUAAUUUUCUAUGUCAAUUAUACCUCAAUAAAGCUGAAAUUUUAAAU